AUGGCAGCCAAAAUUGCGUUGGUUUUCUUCGGCAUUGUGGCUUUGUGCUCAGCAGCUCCAGGUUUCCUCAAGGGUGGUUACCAUGAACAUCACCUCAUCCACGCUCCUCUGAUCGUACCGGAACACAUCCACAACAUCCAUCAUCAUCACGUGGAGAAGGUGCAUGUUCCAGUUGUGAAGAAGGUCAUCGUUCACGAACACCACAAAGUGCAUGAUCAUCAUCAUCACGAUAUUGGUUUCCAUGGUUUCCACGGUGAUGCUUUCCACGCCGAAGGUUUCCACGGUGGUUUCCAUGGUGACAUCCAUUCCCAUGUCGAUCAUCAUGCUCCGAUCCAUCACGCCCCAAUCCAUCACGCCGAACCCGGAUGGUGGUAA